GUACAAACAGGAGGGGCAGAGGAAGGCUGACGGAGACUCCCAAGCCAAAUGCAUGGGCCCAGGGGGUCCAUCUAAGGACCCUGAGGUCAUGACCUGAGCUGAGACCAAGAGCAGGAUGCUCGACUGGUUGGGCCACCCAGGUGCCCCUAGGCACUAAUGGAGCGGCUUCCCUGCCAGAAGGAAUUACAAUCAGGCCUUCUGCCCAUUACAUUUUUCCGGAGUGUGGGGAGUGGCCACCGCCCGCCCACCCAUAGCCGGCACCUCUCCCGGAGUAGCUGUGGGUCCUGGACUCUGUCAGGUCCUUUUGAUUCGCAUCUUGACCCCCUUUUCUUCUCGCUGGAGCUCCUUUCUUGCAGCCAGCGUGGGUCCCGGGCGAAUCCUUGGGUGUCGAGGUGUUACCAAAACACAAAGAGGGACCGCGUGCGGGACGGCGCACCCCCCUGGCGAGCUGAGGCGCGGGCCGCUUCCGGGGCCAGCCCCGCCCCUCGGCCGCGCGCCGCGCUCUUCCGAGUCUCUAUGGUACCAACUUCCCCCGUGCGCCACUCCUCGCGAGACUUCGGCGGCGCAGCAAUGGCGAGAUCAUGCCGCGUCACUGCUCCGCCGCCGGCUGCUGCACACGGGACACGCGCGAGACGCGCAACCGCGGCAUCUCUUUCCACAGACUUCCCAAGAAGGACAACCCGAGGCGAGGCUUGUGGCUGGCCAACUGCCAGCGGCUGGACCCUAGCGGCCAGGGCCUGUGGGACCCGGCUUCCGAGUACAUCUACUUCUGCUCCAAACACUUUGAGGAGAACUGCUUUGAGCUGGUGGGCAUCAGUGGGUAUCACAGGCUGAAGGAGGGGGCGGUUCCCACGAUAUUUGAGUCUUUCUCCAAGCUACGCCGGACGACCAAGACCAAGGGACACAGUUACCCACCUGGCCCCCCCGACGUCAGCCGGCUCCGGCGAUGCAGGAAGCGAUGCUCUGACAGCCGGGGGCCCACGACUCCAUUUUCUCCACCUCCACCUGCUGAUGUCACCUGCUUUCCUGUGGAAGAGGCAUCAGCCCCUGCUGCUUUGCCUGCCUCCCCCACUGGGAGGUUGGAGGCUGGCCUCAGCAGCCCCUUCUCAGACCUCCUGGGGCCCCUGGGUGCCCAGGCAGAUGAAGCAGGCUGCAGCGCCCAGCCCUCACCAGAGCGGGAGCCAGAGAGACAGCCGUCCCCCCUUGAGCCACGCCCCGUGUCACCCUCAGCCUAUAUGCUACGCCUCCCACCCCCAGCGGGUGCCUACAUCCAGAAUGAGCACAGCUACCAGGUGGGCAGCGCCCUGCUCUGGAAGCGGCGGGCUGAGGCCGCACUUGAUGCUCUAGACAAGGCCCAGCGCCAGCUGCAGGCCUGCAAGCGGCGAGAGCAGCGCCUGCGGCUCCGGCUAAGCAAGCUGCAGCAGGAACGGGCACGGGAGAAGCGGGCGCAGGCCGAUGCCCGCCAGACUCUGAAGGAGCACGUGCAGGACUUUGCCAUGCAGCUGAGCAGCAGCAUGGCAUGAGUGAGGGGCUGCUGGCCCCGGGGCUUCGGGCUCUUCCUCCCUCAGAAUCCACCUGGAAAGGGACCCGGUCUGAGCUGUGUCCACCAGACCUGCCAGAUGCCAUAAUAAAGUGGAUUCUAGGAGGCCCUA